UGUCAAUCUUAUAGUGCUGCUUUUGUAUUCUGCUAAAGAUUUAGAAGAAGAGCACCUUGGACUUGCGUGAACAGAGCUGUUCUUCAUGGGUAAGACGAGCAACUAGAAGGCAGUGCCAUCGCAAAUGGAUUACAAGAUUCAGCUCUCAACCGCUCAGUUGGAGCCACCAGAAGAACAACGUCGGAGGUUUGAAAUCGAAUGCGAAUUCGUGCAAGCACUUGCUAAUCCACACUAUGUGAAUUUUCUUGCUCAACGCGGCUUUCUGAAGGAGCAGCAUUUCAUUAACUAUUUGAAGUACCUGCUCUACUGGAAACAACCGGAAUAUGCGAGGGCUUUGAAGUAUCCUCAGUGUUUGCACUUACUGGAAUGCCUUCAAUGUCCAAAUUUUCGCGAAGCACUCACUUCAGGUGCAAAUGCCAAGUUCAUAGAAGACCAACAAGUUCUGCAGUGGUUAUACUAUCUCCGUAAACGACAAAGACUGCAUGUGAAUCCUGACGCGGCAGAAAAUGCAGAAGGGAAAUCCCAUGAUGACACCGAUGAGGAGCUAGACGGGGACGAUACCGGGUCCAAUACUGCACAUUAAUUAAUUACAAAUACGAUGAACAGUCUGCGUUUCCUACAUUCUGGCUAGUAGAUGGUACUUGGUUAGAGCUAAAUUUUUCUCGUCCUAAUAUAGUCUCUGCAUUUUAGUCAUUGAGAAAUUUGAAACUGUAGAUAAAAACACUGGAUCUCAGUUCCUUUUAUAAUCUUUUAUUGACAUGUCAGUCAUGUCUGCAAAUUUUUCUUUGAAAUAACAGACAACAGGGGACCAGCAGCAUAGAAAUUUGAGAUUGUCAGCAUCACGGAUCUAUCUAUCAGUAUAUCCAGUCUACUUCAUUUGAGGGAAAGACAUUUGUGGUUUGAUCUCCGUCAGCUUUUCAUUCCAAUAUUGCGUGACAGUUUUCCAUUGUGUGUAAAAGGUGAUACCGGCCUUUCCAUAGAAGUUCAUGUCACCAAGGAAUGAUCCACGUGAACCAGUGAAAGAGAACAUGGGAAGAGGUACGGGGAUGGGUACAUUUACGCCAACCUGUCCGCACUCUACUUCAUGGGUGAAUCUGAAAGUACCAGUAACCGGCGGAUAGUUCAAAAUAUUGUGGGAUACGCACUUUCUAGCAGUAGCGCCGUUGGAAGUAAAGAUAGCAGUUCCGUUUCCGUAAGGGUUGUUAUUGAUGAUUUCUGUUGCUUCGUUCAAGUCUUCGGCCUCCAUCACGACAAGCACGGGUCCAAAGAUCUCUUCCUGUGACGAAGUCAAAUUAAUAAAGCUUCAACACAGAAGGAACUUACCUUGUAGCAAGUCAUGUUUGGUUUCACGCCAGCAAUGACAGAUGGACCUACGAAAUUACCGUUCUCGAAGCCAGGAACCUUGAAGUCACUUCCGUCUAGCGCAACGUUUGCGCCUUCCUGAAUUUUUAUUCAGCUUGGUGAUGGCUUAUAUCAAGACC